AUGGCACUGAGAAAUGCGAUUCUUCGUCACGUUAGGGUUCCAGUGCAAACCCUAGCAUUGAGAGGAUCGAAUCAGUCUCAAAUUGGGUUCCUUGGUUCGAUCCGUUCAUUUUCUGCGCACGAUGAUCAUCUCAGCAGAGAAGCUGUCGUCGAUAGGGUUCUUGAUGUUGUCAAGAGCUUCCCUAAAGUCGAUCCCGCUAAGGUGACUCCUGAUGUUCAUUUCCAAAACGAUCUGGGAUUAGAUAGUUUGGACACAGUGGAGAUAGUGAUGGCUAUUGAAGAAGAGUUCAAACUGGAAAUCCCAGACAAAGAAGCCGAUAAGAUCGAUUCUUGCUCUCUCGCCAUUGAAUACAACAUUUCUACACCACAAACCCUAGAAGGCACUGCUCGUUCUGUUCCCGGCGACCCAUUUCCAGUCGACGGUUCACGAGCAAGCCGCUCUCACCGGAUUCAGCAACUCUCUCUCCUCCGCGAAGGAUUUCCUCUCGGAAUCAUCCCUUCUUUCGCUCCUGCUUCCGACAAGAGAAUCGGCUCUUUCUCUCUCAAUUCUCUCUUGCUCAGUCCUUCCUCUUCCAACUGGUGGCUAGGAUUGGUAGGGCAAUUUAGACCAAAGAAGCUCUUUGCUGAUAUCAAAAGAGAUAUAAAGAAUUCAGAAGAAUGGGAUCUUCAACUUUUCAAGGAAACAACUAAACACAUUGUAGACAAAUCCCUUUACUCAAUUGGUUUAUGGACUCAGAUUGCGUUGGGGACUUCUUCGUCUCUGUUGCUUAGCGCUGAACGGCUUGGCGAUAAAAAUGGACUCCGGAAGAAGUUGAUGUUUGUUCAUCCGCUUGAGGAACAUGAUCUCACUGUGGAAGCAGCUUGGCCUGAUCUGUUUUUGGACCGUAAAGGAUGUUUCUGGGAUGUUCCUGAAUCAUUAUCUUUUGAUGUCUCAUCGCUUGCUCUAGAAACCGGGCUUCGAUACCGGUUUGGUGUACACAACAGCAAGGGUAAUCCUCAGCCUGUGAAUGCUGCUGCUACUGAGAGUGGUGGUGAUGCUCCUACUUCUCUGUUGCCUGGUUUAUGUGCGAAGGGUGCGGUUUCAUAUAAGGCUAAGAGAGACUUGUGGAGGCCACAAGAGAAAGAAGACAACACAGAAGAAGAGGAUACAGCUGUGUUUCUGCCUUACGAUUUACGUCUAAAGGAGCCUCGUGCAGGAAUUUCAGGAAUAGUAGGAAGCAGCUUGGCAGCUUGGAUCACAGGCCGAGGCAUGUUGGUUAAUGGCAAGAAGCGGAGUCCGAUAAGCGCAGACGCCUUUGGUUCUGCUUGUUUUACCUUUCAAAAAGGCCGCUUUAGUAAGCUGUAUGGCGAUCUUACACGAGUAGAUGCUCGUGUGGACAUUUCCUCAGCUUCUGCUCUUGCCAAAAGAAUCUUCCAUGCUGUUAGAAGAUCUUCAGGUGGUGACAAGUCAGAUGACGCAUUGUGGUCUCCCAGACUCAAUAUGAUAUUCCAGCAGCAGGUUGCAGGUCCGAUCGUUUUCAAAGUAGACUCUCAGUUUCAGGUAGGUGCAGGGAAGUUUGGAGCACAAAUGGAAGAUCUGAUUUACAGUUUUAAUUACUCCUUGAGGCUUCUUGAAUCUGGAAAAGUCGUGGCUUGGUAUUCCCCAAAGAGAAAAGAAGGCAUGAUCGAGCUUCGUGUUUUCGAGUUUUGA